ACACAUAAUGAAAGAGUCAAAUUUUCAUUCUCUCUUUUCUCUUUUUCUCUUCAGUUUUCACAUCAUCACAUUCACAUACCCACAUUACAUUAAUUUUCCUAUGAUAAUAAAAACAAAAAAUAGUUAUUAGACUUAGGUCCUUCUUCUAUCUCUCAUUCUAUAAUCGAUAGCCUUCAAAUCAAAUUCAACCGUUGAAUUAAACACAACUUUGUGAUUCUCACCCAUAAAAAAAAACUUUUUUGUAGUGAAACAUAUUUAUCUUCUAGAAAUUUACAUGUUCCAUUUUGUUCUGUUUUUUCUCUGUUCUGUUUCAUGGCUGCAAGUAAUAAUUCAAAACAGGUUUUCAAAGACAACAACAAUGGAAACCUUGAAACUACAAGAAGUGAAAUUAAGGCUGCCAUAGCAAAAGCAGUGGAAUUAAGAGCUCUUCAUGCUGCUUUGAUACGAGGAAAUAGCUCAGCAAAUGCUAAAUUCAAAUCUCCUUCCCCUGUUUCACGCUCUGUUUCUCAGUUCUCUGCUCAUGAUUACCCUGUUUUCACACCUAGCUAUGAAUAUGAUCCAAAUCUGGGGUACAGUCAAAACCACAUGAAAAGCCUAACAAUAUCAGAAAGUUGGGAUGAAGGAGAAUCAGGAAACAGCAUAGAAACAAGCACUGUAAAAGAUUACAAGGACAAAUCAAGUUCAAGAAAAGGGAUAUGUCCUUCUGAUGACACCAAAUCUGUAACUGGUUCAUGUGCAAAUCACAUCCCUGUUCUUCAAACAUCACCUACCAAUGACUACAACAAGUGUAAGAGAAGAAACAGUUUAGAGGAUUAUAAAUCAGUGUCUUCCUGCAAUACUUGCAACCCUGCUAUCAUUACUAGUGAAUUGGAGAGUGCAAGGAACAGCAAGAGCUCCAAUAUUAUUGUUGUUCCGGUCACCGAUUCUCACUCGUCUUUUCAAUCCGAAACCAAAAGCAAAGGUAUGAUUUCGUGGUUGUUUCCUCGGCUAAAGAGGAAGCAUAAGAAUGAGAGUUCACCGAAUAGAGCAGAAUCUGAGGAUGUUUCUCAGGUUCUCAAGGACUUGGGAAUAAUGUCCAUUGAGACAUUGAAAAAAGAGGUGAUUGAAGCGAACGGGAAUAGAGACGCAGCCUUAAUGGAAGUUUCAGAGAUGAGAUCUUCAUUGGGGGAGCUGAGACAAAAGAUGGAGUAUUUAGAGAGUUACUGUGAAGAGCUGAAGAAAGCUUUGAAGCAAACCAUGCAGGCAAAGGAUUCACAACUUCUUGAAGAGCUUAAGCUUAGUAAUCUUCCUCAGAGAGGAAAAUCAAUAGAUGGAAAUGUUGAAAAUUCACUGCCUGUGAAUGAAGAAGUAAUGAUAGAGGGAUUCUUGCAGAUAGUAUCAGAGUCAAGAUUAUCAGUGAAGCAGUUCUGUAAGACCCUUAUAAACCAAAUCAAAGAAACCGAUCAUUCUUUGACUGAAAAUUUGAACUUGCUUCUCCAACCAUAUAAACUGUCUCUAAAUUCCAAGUACUCAAAGGCAGUUCUAUACCAUUUUGAAGCUUUCAUUAAUCAGUCUCUCUACCAAAACUUCGAGAAUUGUGUGUUCCAAAAGAACGGUUGCCCGAAAUUCAUAGACCAGCAGGAAGAUCGCCAAGCGAAAUUCUCGUCAUUCGUUGCCCUUAGGAAUUUGAGCUGGAAUGAAGUACUGAGAAAGGGAACAAAAUAUUACAGUGAAGAGUUUAGCAAGUUCUGUGAUCAGAAAAUGAGUUGUAUUACCACUAGUCUGAACUGGACAAGGCCUUGGCCUGAGCAGCUUCUUCAAGCUUUCUUCGUGGCUGCAAAGUGCAUGUGGUUGCUACAUUUGCUUGCAUUUUCUUUCAAUCCACCGCUGCGAGUUUUAAGGGUUGAAGAGAAUAGAACCUUCGAUCCUCGCUACAUGGAAGAUAUGAGUCCAAGGUCACAAGGUCCAAGCAAAGUUAAGAUCAUGGUGAUCCCUGGGUUUUAUGUUAAGGAUAGGAUCUUGAAGUGUAAAGUUCUUUGCAGGUACAAAUCUACAGCCUAAAUAAAACUAGGAAGUAAGUUUUAUUUCACUGUUCAUUAUUUUUUGGUUUUUGUAGCCCUGUAGUCUUGAAGCCGGUAAGAAGCCGAACAUAUGUGAUAUUUAAUAUUCGUUCAAAUUAGUUUAAUCUGCUGCAAACUCAAUUUUGGAUGCUAGUCACUAAGUAGAUGAAGAUUCAGAAGUGUUACUGAUAAUUAGCAAAAUAAUUUUUUUUCUUACGAGUACUUCAAACCACAUACUCAUGUUCUUAAAUUUGGAUAAUUUGAGAGAAUGUAUAUUCAAAUGCAGAUAAAUGCAGCAUCUUCGAGUUUUAAGUCUAUCUCGUGAAGCUGAUUUCAUAUGUGGUUGUUGUCAUAAUUCUAUCUCUCAAAUACAAUCCGCAAAAGAUGAAGGACAACAAAUUAAACCCUCUUGUUUAUAAUACUUUAUGAGACGUAAGUAGCAAUGAUUAAGUGAAACAUACCACUAAUUAUCUUGGUGUGGUGUUGUC